AUGGAGGGGCCAGAAGCGCCGCCGUAUGUGCCGCCGCUCGCCGUCAAGGUGAUGCGUGUGUCGGCUCCCUUCUUUGCAUCGCGCUCUGUGCCCAUGUUUGAGACGUGUUCAGAGGGAGCACAAGAGCUGCAGGUGCCACAUUCCGUCACGCACGUCGAUGGCGAAGUGUGGGACGCGAUCAAAUCGACCUAUGCGCGUGGCAGUGAUAGCACCUUUACUGAUGCGCCUACCACGCUACGUGAUAUGGUGUAUACGGACCAGCUCGUGCUACCAGGCUCAUUUGGGACUGUAUCGGUGGGCGAGACAUUCCAUGCGAUCGUGAGCGUCACCAACACAUCACCUGAUAUGGUGCGUAGUGUCCGCCUGAUGGUCGAACUUCGCUCGGACAAGACAGAUAAGUUCGCGUCCACUAUGCACAUGCUGGCAGACGUGAGUGCUCCGGAGCUCGCAGCUGGCGCACAGCUUACGGCCAAGGUAUGCCACUCGAUCGAUACACCAGUCACGCACGCUCUCGUGUGUCAUAUGCAGCAUGACCGCCCACCAGUCCAUUCAUUUGCGAAGCAAUAUCGCUUCCCGAUUCAUUCGCCGCCAUUUGUCAUGCAGUCCGAUAUACAUACCCUUGACGAUACUCAUGGCGCUGGUCCCCAUGCCUGCCACCGAACUCUGGUCCGCCUUCUCCUCCAGAAUACGUCAUCCCGACCACUGCGUCUGGAAGAAUUGGCUCUGGAUACCGAAAGCUGGCAUGCUUCGUCAGUUGAAGCAUGCGGACAUAUUCUCAUGCCUCAAGAUAUUCGCGCAUACGUGUUUGUUCUGGAACCUCAUACCCCCAUUUCGCCCCUCAUGUUUCGAGAUGCCUUGCUUAACGCUACGGACCAUACUCAGCUUGUCUCCUGCGCCAUCCCCCUGGGCCACGUACAGGUUGCUUGGCGCAUCCCCAAAGGCGAGCCUGGGCGCCUGCGUAUCGGUCCGCUGCAACAUCAUUUGCGUUUGCCACGUCCCGUGCAUGGGUUGUUUGCCGACUUGCAUCUGGAGGCCCAUGAUGCAUGGCAUGUCGAUCAAACCUGUCACGCUACGCUGCACUUGAACGUUUGGGCCAUCGAGACAUCGCUUCUCGGCUCAGAGACCCGCCUGACGCUGGUGAUGGACGACGCAUGGGAUCAUGUUCUGAUGCAUGGUCCGCAUCAGCACACUCUCCCUGUGGUACUCGAGGAGUGCAUGAACUUUCGCAUUCCCUGCGAGCUGACACCCCUACGGCGUGGCCUGGUGCCUACCGGAGGCAUGAUGCUGCAGCACGAGCAGGCCACUGUGCGUGCAUGGAAACGUUUAGCUCAUAUACAUACUACAUAA